AUGGCUGGCUUAAGGAUGGAUUUUGGUUUGCUCCUGGAGCCUUUGGGCUUCAUUAAGGUCCUUGAGUGGAUUUUUUCCAUCUUUGCUUUUGCCACAUGUGGAGGCUUUCAAGGUGAAACUACCCUUCUAGUUUCCUGUGAAGAUGUGGUAAACAAAACAGUUACAGCUGCUUUUGCUUAUCCAUUCAGGCUGAAUACUGUUCUAUUUAGUGCACCAGAUCCAAAACACUGUGGUGGUACUUGGACUGACAUCUAUCUCGUGGGCAACUUCUCCUCUUCUGCACAGUUCUUUGUUACGCUUUCAGUGUUGGUAUUCCUCUACUGCAUUGCUGCCCUCGUGGUUUAUAUUGGAUAUAGGCAUGUGUAUCGGCAAAAUAGUUUCCACUAACUGUAAGAUUUGGCUAUCACUGUCAUAACAGCCUUUCUAUGGCUGGUUAGUACUUUUGCUUGGGCAAAAGCACUUGCUGGCAUCAAAAUGUCCACAGGGGCCAGCAUUAUGCCAGGAAUUGAAUCUUGCAAAGCACCCGGAACAACUUGCCGUUUUGCUUCUGUAACCAGCAUGGGAACUCUGAAUGUGUCUGUGGUGUUUGGCUUGCUUAAUAUGAUUUUAUGGGGAGGAAAUGUUUGGUUUGUAUACAAGGACACCAACCUGCACAACCAAUCAAGUGGAAUUUCUCAAAAUCCAGGAACAUAUUCAACUCGAAGAGGAAUAUAA